ACACCUGUCAGGUGACUUCUCACCUCACCUGUGAGAAAGAAACCACUCGGGUCGUGAUCUCGCCGGUUUGAGACACAACUGACUUCACGGAUGGUGUCGGUGUUGUGAGCGGAGUCCGGACAGAGAAAUGAACAAAAAAGGAGUUUUAGCAGCAGGAAGAAGAUUUGCUCUCAGUCAGAAUCCUGACGGCACACAAGGUAUUGACUAAAAGUAAAUAAAAUAAAAAACAUGUCUGGCCUCGAUGGUUUAAUCCCACAUGAGGCCGAGGCGCUUCCACCUGCAGAGCCACUAGUAGCCGGAAGUAAAAAGCCAGAAGAGAGUGACGGCAAAAAGGAAACAUGGGAAGUUCUAGACGACGAAGAGGAGGACGACGACGAGGAAAAAGAACUGGAGAACUCAAAGGAGGAAGAGGAGUAUGAAGAGGAAAUGACCCCCUCUGCUCAUCUGGAGCCGAACACUCUGCCGUGGCCUGAAGACAAAGACAAGAGGCCUCAGACGGACAACAACGAUGGAGUCUGGCCACAAAAAGUAGUUUCUGAGCCCAAAGACGGGGAGGCGGAGCUCUACCGAGGAGGCCGGGACCAGGCGGAGAACGCCGGAAAGAGCAAAUGGAGGGAAAGCAUGCCCGAGGGCGACAGGUGGGGGUACGAUGAGAUCGAGCUGCAGCGGGACCAUAAUGGGAAUGGCUCACUGGCAGAUGAUGAAGAUGAGGGGGAGGAGGAGCAAGACAAACAGUCAAAUUGGAUAUCGGAGAAAUCGGCUCUGGGUUUCACUCCACGGGUCACGAUAGUGCGCCCGUCCAGCAAAGAGCUUCUUGAGGAGAGCAGGCGGGUCAUAGAGAAGGACGUCGAGAAGGAGCCGCAGAAGGAGCUCGACUCGGCGGCGCAGUUGCAUCCGGAGUGGACAGAACCGGACGACAAGUUCUACGUGUGUGAGCGUCUGUGCGGCAGCAAGCUGAGGACGGCCCUGGCGAUGGCGGCCGGCGGACUCCUCUUCCCUCUCCUGCUGUGGGGGGGUUACGCCCUCCUGCCCUUUGACCCUCCGCCGCUGAGGGGUACCCCCCUCAGGGUGGUGUACACUCUACGCUGCGCCUUCUUCGCCAUCGUCCCCAUCCUGCUCGGUGUGGUGGUGCAGGGCGUGGCCCGGCUGCGCUACAGCGCCCUGAAGCCCCUCUACCAGGGUCAGCUGGUGCACAGAGAAGUGAUGGUGCACUGGCACUACGUCAACGAGUCCCUGGCCCUCUUCCUCUUCUUCUUCCUGCAACUCGCUGUCAUGGCAACCUACAUCAACCAGGAUCUGCUCAAACUGGUGCCGCUGCUCACCAUCAUAUUUGUUUUUGGCAGGCUGAUCUACUGGCUGUGCCUCUCUCUGGGCAGCAGCAUCAGGGCUCUGGGCUUCGGCCUGUCGUUCUUUCCCAUACUGGUCAUGCUGGGCACCAACCUUUACUUUGUCUGCGCUUCAGUCGGACAAGAGGCGGUUUUCGACGUGGAACCUCCGACGACGGCUCCUCCUCCCAGCCUGCGCUGGUGGGGUUGAAGACCGCCGUCCAAAAAGGCGACGAGGAGAGAGACAUUAGUGUAAAAACGUCUUUUUAAUGUGACGACGCAGCAUUCAGACAACUCGACUCGUUCUCUUGGUGUCCUUCAGUUGUAAUCCCUCAUAUCGGUCCUGGUUGAUUGCUACGGUAACAGGAAGUGCAGUUUAAUGCUGCAACAGCUCUCCGUGAACAGCUAUUUUUAUUAUUAAAUUAAUAAUGAUACACUGUCAAAACAUCUUUCAAAAGUGACCUUUUGUUUUGUACACGUUAUUAGGAAUAAAUAAAUAGACACUGAUUCUCCAGUUGGAUGCUUUUAAUGUUAAGUAGCAGUCGAGCAUGUUCUGCUUGCAUCAGCAGUAACAGUGAAGGCUCAUGGGAAGGAAGACCGCGUCACUAAUAAAAACAUAAAUAAUAUAAAAUAAUUUCAUGAAAAUGUCAAGGAUUAUAACUUUUGGUGUUUUGUUAUUUGGCCUUUUUUUUUAACCAAAUAAAUCAAAUACAUGAAGCAUGUUGUGGGAUCAUUGUAACUUGGAUCUCUGUAUAUACAAUUUAAAAAAAGAAAUCCACCAAUAUUCACAUUUGUAUAAAUUACAUGAUGAAAAAGGUGGAUUAAAAGAAGAAUACGGGAUUUUUUAAAAUUGUGAUUAUUCUUCGACCGCAGAUUUUUAAACCGUCUCACUUUCAACCUUUCCGCGUAGAGUUGAUAGAAUCAGAUUUUAGUUCUGUGAUGUUUCUGGAUGCUGCAAGAUCAAGAUGAAAAAAGUACAAACUGAAAACCUUCAAUUAGAAACAAUGAAACCAGUGAGAUUGAUUUAAAAGGAUAAGAACACUGUAAAAUUGUAUGAGAUUUGAAUGUUAAAUUGUUUUAUGAAUUUUACCAUUUCUAUUUAGUCGUCACAUCGGUACUAAUGUUAAUCUUUAAACGGUAUAUUUAUAAGAGAUGCUGUUGAAUUCAUCUUGUUUGUCGACUGAUAGUUUUUUAUUUUGAAGGAACCUUUUCAUUGUAUGAGUGAAGUAUUUAAAGCACUAUUUGGGAUUUCAAAUGAGUUUAAUAAAGCUUUAAUAAAUGAUACUCCACAUGACAGCAGCUGGUCAUUCAGGUCCACAUGACUGAGGGGGGGACAUGUUACUUUUCUGUCCAGCCAAAAGAGGUUAGAUUAAAAAAUAAAACUAAUUGUGAUUAAUAUUGAAGUUGCAGAUGUCUCUGAUUAUGAUUCAUGCGGCACGUUUCAACUCGACCAAAUAGCCAGUGGCAAGUUUCAAAACCUGAAGAUUCAGCCACACAUAAACACCUCACGUGGGCCAGCUGUACACGAAGAAAUAAAAUGCUUUGGGUCAAAGUUCACUGAAGAGAAAUCAUUCAAUGAUAACCGAAUGAUCCUUGAGUCCAAGUGGACAUUUGUGCCAAAUAUAUAUUUUUUAAUUGUAGUGUUUCCGAUAUUUCCCGUUCACAAGAAAUGAUUGACGGACAACUCUACUGUCGCUGAUGCAUUAAAAUGACUCGUCAGCUAUUUUAUAAAUCAGUUAUGGACUAAUCGGGUAUGUAGUAUUUAAAAAAAACACUCAGGGUACAAUCUUCUGUACUUUCAGAAAAGUGCUUAAUAAACAAAGUUCUCUUAUACUGUUUGCAGUGUUGCUACUUUCACUGAAGUCCAGGACCUGAGCGUGCACAUCUUUAAUUAAAAGCACAAAGCCCAAAGAAGACGUCUCCAGACUGCUCUCGCGUUGACAUUUUGUUUACUCUUUGUUUUUAUCACGUCUGCUUGCCUUCUUGUUUUCUCUCACAGUUGCUGCUAAAUUAAGCCGUGUAGUUGUCACUGAAAGUGUGAAAUGAAACUUGUUUGUAACUAUGACAACGGGCUGAGGUGAGGAUGAAGAGAGAAAAAUGCUAUAAUUGACAGAAAAAAAAAAUUCUAAAAAUGCAACUUGGAAUUUACAUUUUUGUUCAAGUCUUUAUGAAAUAUUUGAGGGUUUGAUAUACAGCAAACAAAUAAAACCACACAGUCCACUUCAUUUCACUCAGUUUGUCUAUUUAAUAUAUAAAAUACGAUAAAACAUACGCAAAAAGGGUAAGGAUUCAAGGGACUUGGAUACUUUGGUACAACAAACACUUUUUUUGUAAAAGCGGUAUAGAAUUUCAAUAACAUAUCAGUGCAUACUUUGUAUAUGAAAAUAUACACAAAUUGUAAAUCACUCAAAAAACAACAAAAAGAUUUUUUUUCCUUUACAACAAAAACCAAAAGCAGACUAGCUCAACACAAUAUAUUAGCUAUAAAUUUCAUCUUUAGUAUUUCAUAUGCUACAUUAUUCUGGGUUGUUUUAUAACUCAUUUGUGAUGCAUGUCCUGUAUCAUUACUGUGCAUGUAUAAGUUCCGUUACCUCUAUCUCAUGCAUUUACUUUUUUCUUUUCAAAUUUCAUGAACUAAUUUCAGUUGUUUCCUGUUUUUAUAAAUAUAUUCUUUAUCUUAAUUAAAACUGCAGCAUUUAACUGGUAUGUCCUUCAUUGCAUUUGCCAAUACCACAUUAACUGAUCGUGCAAUUUUCAGCAAGUUU